AGAUAUGGGAGACUAUGUAGAAUUAUCCAUAGCAUUCUCAACACCAGCCGCGAAAAUCGCCACUCUCAAGGAAAAAAUCACAGAAUACUUGGUACAGAACCCACAUAAUUGGUAUCCAGAAGCCAUGUUGAUGGUGAGAGCGAUUGAGAAUGUGAACAAACUGAAAAUGAAUCUGCUCUUCCAGCACACGAUGAACUUCCAAAAGUUUGCAGUGAAGAGUCUCAGGAGAACCGAGCUGAUCAUCGCGGUCAAGCAAAUACUCGAGGCUCUUGAGAUCGAUUACUCCCUCCUUCCUCAAGAUGUUCAUCUCACUGGGCAAAAGUGAUCGUUUCCUUCUUCCUUUUUGCAUUUUAUUUCACUACUACCUGUGUUACCUUCAUUUGCUUCUUAAUAACCUAUAUUUUAUCUA